UCCAAGAUAAUAUGUCUCCCACUAAUAUUGCUGUUUUUGAUUUCGAUUGGUCUCUUAUUGAAGAGGAUAGUGAUUACUGGACAAUCCACUCUCUCUCUCCAGAGGUUUGGGAAGAAGUCCGUGAAAAAAGACGACAGGAUUGGCAAUGGACGGAUUUAAUGGAUUUCGCUCUGUGUAGACUUCAAGAUAAGGGUUUUACUAGAGACGAUAUUGUUGCUGUUUUAAAGGACAUUCCAUUUUCCUUUGAAAUGCGAAAUGUUUUGUUAGAUUUAAAGCGAAAGAAUGUUCAUGUGAUUCUCAUGUCAGACGCCAACACCUUUUAUAUAGACACAAUUUUAAAAGCUUAUGGUGUUCAAGAUUGUGUAACAGAAAUUAUCACCAAUCCAAGCUAUACAGAUGAGCAAGGUAGACUUCGAAUCCGUCGUCAUGUUUUGGCAACAGAGACGCCUCAUAAUUGUACGAAUCCAUGCUCAGUCAAUAUCUGCAAAGGACAAGAGAUGGAUGCCCUGUUAAAGCGAUACAAACAACAGGGCCAUGAUAUCCAAAAAAUAGCUUACACGGGUGAUGGUAAAAAUGAUUUUUGUCCUGCCACAAGAUUACGACACACAGAUACCUUUUUUAUGCGUAAGGAAAAGGGUCUCGAUAGAUAUUUAAGUCAAGUGCCCGAAGAGAAAAAUAGAAUCCAGAGUCAAUUCGUAUACUGGUUGAAACCUGAAUCCGUUUGGGAAUCUAUGCCCAAAUAUUUUUCUUCUGUCAGCGCUUAAUAAAGAGUGAUUGUCUUUUUGAGUAAUAUAUCUCGGGGGCCAUACUACAUUAUAUUAUCGAUGUGGGCCGAACCUACCCACAUUAUUAAAGUAAAGACAUAAAUCCAGUUUUAUCCUAUCUAAACUCAACUUGAAAAAAGCCGGUUGAGUAAAUCUAACUACAAGCGUUAACGUAUCAUCAUGGCUUUGCUAUUGUCAGAUCAUUCUAUACUUCUUCC